UAGGUAGAUAGGUUUGUGAACAUUACCAUCAAAUACCAACAACUAAGUGGGGUUGGACAUGGGCAUGGCGGUGCGUGCAGCUUCACGCAGAGCUUUCAUCUCCUUCUAUCGAACCGUUUCUUCAACUGCAUCUUCAGGUGGAGCUCUUCCACCUCCUCCGGUUGUUUCUUCCCGAAGAGUAGUUGUCACCGGUUUGGGCAUGGUGACACCUCUUGGUUGUGGGGUGGAUAAAACUUGGAAGCACCUGAUUGGUGGGGAAUGUGGGGUAAGGGCAUUGUGUUUGGAGGAUCUCAAGAUGAAUGGUUUUGAUAGAGAAACCCAGUUGAGUACAUUUGAGCAGUUGACAUCCAAAGUUGCUGCGGUUGUGCCCACAGGAACGAACCCGGGUGAAUUCAAUGAGGAAUUGUGGCUUAAUUCUAAGGACCAUCGAUCCAUAGCAAGGUUUAUAGCGUAUGCACUAUGUGCUGCUGAGGAAGCUCUUAAAGAUUCCAAUUGGUUUCCCACUGAGCAGGAACACAAGGAAAGAACGGGGGUGUCUAUUGGUGGGGGAACCGGAAGCAUUAGUGACAUCUUAGAUUCUGCACAACUGAUAUGUGAGAAGCGUCUUCGUCGCCUUAGUCCAUUUUUUAUCCCACGGAUAUUGAUCAAUAUGGCAUCAGGUCACGUAAGCAUUAAAUAUGGGUUCCAGGGGCCAAAUCAUGCUGCAGUCACUGCAUGUGCUACUGGAUCACAUUCUAUUGGUGAUGCCGUGAGAAUGAUUCAAUUUGGCGAUGCAGAUGUUAUGGUAGCUGGAGGCACAGAGUCCAGUAUUGACGCAUUAUCCAUUGCCGGAUUCUGCAGGUCUCGAGCUUUGUCUACAAAAUAUAAUUCAAGCCCCCAAGAAGCAUCACGACCGUUUGAUAGUGGUCGAGAUGGGUUUGUGAUAGGUGAAGGUUCUGGAGUCAUGGUCUUGGAGGAAUUCGAGCAUGCUAGAAAUCGAGGAGCCAAAAUCUAUGCAGAGGUUCGUGGCUAUGGGAUGUCAGGUGAUGCAUAUCAUAUUACUCAACCUCCUAGUGAUGGAAGAGGUGCUAUUUUGGCCAUGACUCGCGCUUUAAGACAGUCAGGUCUUCAUCCUUCUGAUGUACAUUACAUAAAUGCGCAUGCUACAUCUACAACUUUGGGUGAUGCAAUAGAAGCGAAUGCUAUCAAAACCAUAUUUUCUGAUCAUGCUGACUCAUCUUCUUUCGCCUUCUCUUCCACCAAGGGGGCUAUUGGUCAUCUUCUAGGUGCUGCUGGAGCUGUUGAAGCAAUAUUUGCAGUUUUGGCAAUACGACAUGGAAUUGCUCCAUUAACUCUUAAUUUAACUAAGCCAGAUCCCGUAUUCAGUGAUGGUUUCAUGCCAUUGACUACUUCAGAGGAGAUACCAAUUAGAGUAGCUAUGUCAAAUUCAUUUGGUUUUGGAGGAACAAAUUCGUCCCUACUUUUUGCUCAUACUGAAUCAGACUAAUGAGAUAGUUGCAUCUCACUCCAUUGGUAUUAUUCUACAAGAGCUGAUUGCAUUAUGCUGAGGAGAGUUUAAUAGCCUAAAAUUCUUGGUGGAAUAUGUAUGCCUGAAUGUUGUCUUCUACCAUGUACAUUUUAAUAAUGCUAUUGCUUUUGCUCAUUAGUUUUAGCUCUAAAAAAUAUUCAAAACCCGAAUUGUUGACUAUUCAGCAGUGGUUUCUAUUGCGAGUUCUGAAACUUGAAAGGGAAGGUUCAGCAGGUUUUUCUUAUGAUAAUUGCAUUGUGGAGCCAUUAUAGAUAGACCAGGAUGGUUGGCGGUUUUGUUUGAAUUGAAAUGAAUUAACCAAAUUGUUUGA